AUGAUUUGUUUCUUAUUGCUUAUUUCAUUUGUAUUUUCAGAGAGUACAUCAAAUACACAUACAAUUCUUUGCAUGGAUAAUGAAGUUACUGAAGCUUCCAAGUGUCAAAAUUUCUUAGAAGUUUCAAAUAUUGCUGAUAACCAAAACUCAGCUAAAUGUAUUAAAUAUGGUAAUAAAUAUAUGAAAGUUUAUACCCAAUCUGUUAAACCGAGUACUGAUGGAGGAAUUGAACCAAAGAAUGGAGAAGAUGAGACUAAGAAUGGAGGAAGUGAGACUAAGAGUGGAUCUACCGAUGGUAAGAGUGGAUCUACCGAUGGUAAGAGUGAAUCUACAUAUAGAAAGAAUUUCAGAAAUAAUUGGAAAAAAAGUAUUAAAGGAGAAGAACCUGUUACUAUUACUUACCAUAUUAAGUAUUAUAACAAUAAUGAUUGUACUGGAAAUGAAGUAUCAGAUAUUACUGUUGUGCCAACUAAAAAACCGUCAAAUAUUGUUAUUACCAUCCCUGUUGAAGAGAGUAAAGACUCUGAUAAAAUCACAUAUACACAAUAUGUUGCAGCUAACGUUUGUGUUAAUAACAAGAUUUUUGUCAAUACUCAAUUUGGUGUUGCACAACAUAAAUGUACCAAUGACAAUGAAUAUAGUGAGCUUGAGGAUAUUAUUACUGAUAAAUUUAAUGGAAUGACAUGUAUUAUUCAAAAUAAAGUUGACAUCACAGACAAGACAUAUACUACUAGUACAACAGCUUCAUUUAAGAAAGUACAAUCUGUGAACACACAAUAUACAAUAACUGAUGGUGCAAAAAUUGUUGAAAUGACAUCCCCUGAUACAGGUAAAAUUUAUACAUGUACUAAAGGUACUAGUUCAAUAAUUAUAUGUACUAAAGACGAAAAACAAGAUUCUGUUACUGUUCUUAAUACUAAUGGUAAUAUUGCUACAGGUGCUUUAUGUAAUACAAAUAAAUGUGAAGAGAAUAAUGGUAAAGCUUAUUUCUUUGAUACGUGUGAAUCAAAUAUGAAAUAUCUAAUUGCUGGUUCAUUGUUCCAACAAUUUGAAUAUAAUGAAAAUACAUGUGAUAAUUUUAAACAACUUAAAUUAUCUAGUACUUCAGAUAAACAUUUUACUAUUGGUAGUGAGACAUAUCUACUUACUUUCAAUCCAAUUGAAUCAACUGAAACAAUUUAUACUAAAACAUCUGAUAUUGAAUAUAAGACUUACGUUGUUGGAUCUUGUCAUAAGACUGGUGAAACUUCUUCUAAAAAAGUAGUCAAGACAUCAGAAAAUAAAUAUGUUAUUGAAAAUUUCAAUGAUGUUGAAUGUAAAAGUGCUGGCUCUGUAGUUAAAAUUCUUACUUCUAUUCUUACAACUGUUCCAGUUCAAAAUGCUACUGUUACUCUUAUUGAAUCGGAUAUACAAUGUACUAUUAAGAAAGUUUCUGAUGCAGUCAUUUCUACAAACAUUAAAUUAGAUACAUGUGCUGACACAUUCAAAUAUGUUAUUGAAAAAGGUGUUGUUACAAAAUACACAUUCAAAAGUAAUUCAGAUUGUCUAAAUAGUAAAGAUGGAGUUGUUGAUCAAACAACUAAACAUACAUGUAAUAAAUGUGAUAAUAAUGUUGAAACUAUUUGUCCAAUGAUUACAGAUAAUAAUUCUAACAAUGAUGAAAAACCUAACAACAAUUUAGGUGAUAGUACAUCAAUUAUGUUUAUUGGUAUUGCUCUUAUCAUUACAAUCUUCUUCUAA